GAGUUUAUACAUUCAGCUCAUGAUUCUGUCUGAUCUCAGAUGAGUUUAGACAUUCAGCCACUAUCAGGCGCAUGAGGAGGGCAGCAGCACAGCCAAGCCUGCAUCCAAUGCAUAUUUCACAUGGACAUGGAUGGGAAUUAGGCCCCUGCUUGCUUGCUUUCUGCGCUUGGUUAUGUGCAUUUUUCUCCAUCAGAUCUUUACAGUCCGAUUCGAAUAUGAUGGCAAGAAAUCAUUUUCUAUAUCAGAGGCUGAUUUUUGUUGUGACAACAUCAUCUGCGGGCUCCUCCACCAGCAGCAGUAGCCUGAUGAUGAGUAUGAUGGGAUGGAAGCUAUCUGCUAACUCAAAGAUGCUUUGCAGUAAAUAAUCCUCUAAUUUCUCCAUGCUCUCGAUUUUACAUCAUUUAACGGAACGCCGUUACAUUUUUUACCGAUCGAUCUGCAAUCAUUUUAGCUUUAAAUGAGGAAAUAUAUAUAAGACUGGCAGAUAUAUUGACUUAGCUUUGCUAGCUAAGCAGCUGUUGGCAGCAUAUAUUCAGCAAACGGAGGGAUUUUUACAGCAAAAUAACACAGGAGUCAGGCCGGUAAAGAGUGUACAUGAGAUAUCUGUAGUCCUGAGGGAAUGAUUUCACUGAGCAGAUUAAACGACACAUCUCGACCGCUUUAUUUAAUCAAUUGAAAUUAACUGUCCGUAAAUAAACGCUCGUGCAUCCGAUUGUUUAGAUGCAAAGUGACCACUGCUCAACAGACAUCUCCUAAAAAAUAUAUAUAUAUAUAUAUAUAUAUUCAAUGACCAAAAAUAACCCUUAACCGCAUAAAGCAAAAUAAAACAACAACUAAACACUUUAAUCCAACAUCAUUGCAAUGGCUGAAGAGGCGUUUCCGUUACAUUAUCUGGUGUGGAACAAUCAGUAUCUAGAACUGGACCGAGAGCUUCAGAAAAAGCAGCAUGAGCUGGAGCGACUGGAUCCGCGUGGGCGGACGCCGCUCGAGCUGUCAGUGUGUCUCGGGCACUUGGAGUCCACGCGCGUCUUGCUCAGACACAACGCAAAUCCUACACACUGCAACACACAGGGAUGGACAGAAGGUAGAAAAUCAUACAAGUUUGGAACGACAUGAGGUUUUGCAGGAGGCAGUGAGCACUGGAGACCCUGAGUUGGUGCAGCUGAUCCUUCAAUACAGAGACUUUAGAAGAGCCACAGAGAGAUUGGCUGGUAUUCCUGAGCUACUGAGCAAACUGAGACAGGCACGUGAUUUCUACGUUGAGAUGAAAUGGGAAUUUACAAGCUGGGUGCCUCUAGUGUCUAAGGUCUGUCCAAGUGAUGUGUAUCGUGUAUGGAAAAGUGGUUCAUGUUUGAGGGUUGACACCACUUUACUGGGAUUUGAGCACAUGACCUGGCUUAAGGGACGCCGCAGCUACAUAUUUAAAGGUGGAGAGAGUGGUGCCAUGGUGAUGGAGGUGGACCACGAGAAGCAGGUGGUGUAUACGGAACCACUGUCUCUGUCCCCACACGACACUCCAUCCCUUCUGGCCGCCAUGCUGCCAUCACAGGAGAACACGGCUCAGAGACUCACCUCUCCUAUAGUGUCCACUCAUCUGAACACACGCAACAUUGCAUUUGAGAGAAAUAAGUCUGGGAUUUGGGGAUGGCGCUCAGAGAAGACAGAGAUCGUCAGUGGAUAUGAAGCAAAGGUUUACAGUGCCAGUAAUGUGGAGUUAGUGACACGUUCUCGGACAGAACACCUCUCUGAUCAAGACAAAUCUAGGAGUAAAGGGUCAAGAACUCCUCUUCAGUCUUUCCUCGGUAUUGCUGAGCAGCACAUCUCUAGUACUGGAAGUCAGGUGUCUCAAUGCGCUAGUCCCCAUAAUCCAACGGCAAUCACAGCAGAGGAGUACUUUGAUGUAGAGUUUAAUCUGAAUGGCAGAGACAUUGGGCGGCCCAUUGAACUUACCAGCAAAGUGCAAAAGUUUAAGGCCAAUCUAUGGUUAAGUGAAGCUCACCCUCUCUCAUUGGCUGAGCAGGUGACGCCCAUCAUUGACCUCAUGGCCAUUUCUAACGCCCACUUUGCCAAGCUGCGUGACUUUAUCACUCUACGCCUACCACCUGGCUUUCCUGUAAAGAUAGAAAUUCCUCUGUUCCAUGUGUUAAAUGCUCGUGUAACAUUCAGCAAUCUUUGUGGAUGUGAUGAACCAGUUAGUUCUGUUACUGUACAAUUGCCACAAGAAACCACAGAAGCUGGUGAGACACCACCCCCCCUGCAGUGUGAAGUGGACCCGUCUGUGUUUGAACCUCCCCCAGAAUACACCACACUUGGCCCAGGCCGCAGCGAGCCAAUGAGAGACGAGGAUGAUAAUUUACUUCAGUUCGCCAUACAACAGAGCCUGCUGGAUGCAGGAACAGAGAGUGACCAGGUGACCAUAUGGGAGGCUCUCACUAACACUCGUCCAGUUUCUCAGCCUCCACUUUAUGAGGAAGACUCUCAGCUUGAGAGGGCGAUUCAGGAAUCUCUGUCUUUAUCACUGGCUGGAGGGGAGAGUGGAGAGUCGGAUGGCCAACCGCUUUCCCCACCUGACCCCACCCUCAACUCGCCUCCAUGUUACAGCUCAUUGACUGAGCCUCGAGCGCCAGGGGCGUUUGCUGUGGCCACCAGUUUUGAUGAACAGCUACGCAUCGCAAUGGAGCUUUCAUGCAGAGAACAAGAGGAGUUAGAUAGGAAGAGGAGGGAAGAGGAGGAAGAGCUGGAGAGGAUACUGCAGCUGUCUCUCACAGAGAAGUAACUGUAGCAAUGCUAGAUGUGGGUUUAAAGGGAUAAAUUAUCGGUUGUGUUUUUUUUUUUGUUUUUUUUCUGCAGUGUUAAAUUAUUCUUCUUCUAGAUUCAUCGCUCUUUAUUUCUUUUCCAAAAUAAUAAAGAUGGCAUAGAAAGAGGAAUCGGGGAGAGUGCGUGUGUGUGCUAAGACAGAAGCAAUUCAUGAGAGAAGAGAAACAGAAGGAGUAAUAAGGAAUGAAAUAAGGAACCCGGCAUGAAAAUUGGAUAUUCUCUCCGUUUUACUGUCUUUUGAGUGAUAAAAGGUCUUCAGAAUUUCAACUUCAUUGUAUAAUGAUACUGAUGAAAAUGUGAAUAUAAAUUAUGAGUAUUGAUGACUAUGAUAAUACAUAAAGGGAAAGUACUGAAUAUAUUAUUGCAAAAAAGAAUGAGUUUACUUAUGGUGGAUGAUAAAAAAAAUAUGAAAGUAUUAAAUGUUGCUCAAACACU